AUGCGCAGUCGCUCGUUUAAGAUGCCUCCAGUAGAGGACUCUCAGAAUACGAGGCGAAUGCGUAGGCUAGAGGAGCAGAAGCGCAGCAGAGCUCUCAAAGUGGAAUCAGCGCGCAAUGUGGACAUAUUCGCAGGUCUAUCGCUCAAUGAGAUUGAAAUGGAGGAGGAGAAGGCGGUACCAAAGGCAAAACGACCAUCUCGAUGGGCUAAUGUCGCGAUGUAUGCGGAACCAUUGGAGAUGAAUGGUAUGGGACCGGCGCUACCAGACGAUUUUGGUACAGCUUGGAUCGCAGUAGCCCCAGUUCCAAAGGGAAAGCGUUGCCUUGUGAUAGCGUAUAAAUCAAAUGGACAAGGAUCCGUUGUAUCUCUAAGAAGUCGGCUCAAGGGUAACCAACUGAUGAGGUUCCCUUCACGGCUGCCCACAGACACCAUCUUAGACUGCAUCCUAGAUGAACAUUGGGAGCAUAAUGGCAUAUUACACGUACUUGACGUACUGAGAUGGCGUGGUCAAGAUUAUACCCAGUGCGAGGCAAGUUUCCGGUUCUGGUGGAGGGACACGAAGAUUGCAGAGCUUGAGCCCCCGCAACCCCCGAGUUCUUCCUCGGAGAGGCCGCCCAGAUUCUCAUAUCCGCAUGUUCUUCGGGCGAUUCCCUGGUUCCCAAACUUACAAGAUCCAUUGCUACUCCUCAAUACGAUUAUUCCCCUCGCUCGGACGGGCGUAACUGUGACAGUCCCAUUGGCGCCCUCUCCCAUGUCCGACGAGCCAAACGAACUGGUUGUUCCAUGUGCAUCAGAUGGUAUCCUACUGUACGUCGGCGAGUCGUCGUACGAGAAAGGACCAUCGCUCCUCGCGGCUUGGGUGCCUGUUGAGCCCUUUGGUGACGGGCAGGAUUCGGCAUUGGAAGUGUUUGCGAGGCAUGUACAGGCUACCACGUCAAUCUGA